AUGAAGAAAAAUGGCAGCGGAGCCAAUAUUUCGGAUAAGGGUCGGACCCUUCCUGCUGACCCGAAUCUCCCGCGGUUCCUUUGCCAGAACUGCCGCCACAGCCUCUGCAUGGUCGGCGUCGACUCGCACGUCGACAAGUUCCUAGCUCCAGGAAUGCAAGGUUCUUCAAUCCUUGGAAGUGGUAGUGUUGUAGGCUCAACUCGGAUGGACCACUCUUUUGUAGUAUUGCCAAAGCAAAGGAAUCAGUCGCCCGGAGUUCCUCCUCGACCUCGAGGUGGGCCUUUGCAUCCUGAGGUUAGCCAGUCUGGGAAAGCAAUAGACGAGUCGUUUGUUGUGUUACCUCCACCGGCUGCUUCAGUGUAUAAAUGUGAACCUGGAGCUGAUGGAGGCGGGACGAAUUUGCCUUCGCCUGAUGGUGGGCCCAUUGAUUCUCCUACUCAACCGCAUAAUUCGGGCUUCCACUCCACCAUUACAAUCCUGAAUCGGGCGUUUGAGAUAGCCACAACACAGACUCAGGUUGAGCAGCCUUUAUGUCUUGAGUGCAUGCGGGUUUUGUCUGAUAAACUUGAUAAGGAGGUGGAAGAUGUGGACAGGGACAUCAAAGCGUAUGAAGCUUGUCUUCAACGUUUGGAGGGGGAAGCAAAGACUGUUCUUAGUGAGGCCGAAUUUCUUAAGGAGAAAUUGAAGAUAGAAGAAGAAGAACGAAAACUUGAAGCAGCAAUUGCAGAAACUGAGAAACAAUGCUCAGAGGUAACAGCUGAACUGAAGGAACUGGAGUUGAAGUCUAGCCGGUUUAAAGAGUUAGAAGAGCGAUACUGGCUGGAGUUUAAUAAUUUCCAGUUUCAACUGAUUUCACAUCAGGAAGAGCGGGAUGCAGUUUUGGCCAAGAUUGAAGUCUCCCAGGCUCAUUUAGAGCUGCUGAAGCGUACUAAUGUGCUAAAUGAUGCCUUCCCUAUUUGGUAUGAUGGGGACUUUGGAACUAUUAACAAUUUCCGCCUGGGAAGACUUCCAAAAGUUCAAGUUGAGUGGGAUGAGAUUAAUGCUGCAUGGGGCCAAGCUUGCCUUCUCCUUCACACUAUGGCUCAAUACUUCCGGCCAAAAUUUCCAUAUCGCAUCAAAAUUCUCCCCAUGGGAAGUUACCCUCGGAUAAUGGACAGCAGUAACAAUACUUAUGAGCUCUUUGGUCCAGUGAAUGUGUUCUGGAGUACACCUCUCAAGUACACUCUUUGCAAUUUGAAAUGGGCGCUUUAUUGGUUUGUGGGCAACACCAACUUUCAGCCCCUUACCGCUGCUGUUUCCCCCCAUUCUGAGGUGUCGGGCACUGGAACAGGCUCGGGCUCCAGUGUCCAGUGCCCGGGCUCCAGCUCCACUGGUUCACUGUACAAUAAACGGACCAAUUGA